AUGUGGCUCGGUCUUGGUACUGCACUUCUUACCUCUAUUUUCUAUGGCUGCACAUUCGUUCCAAUUAAGAAAGUUUACGCUGGCGAUGGUUUCACUUCCCAGCUAUUCGCUUGUAUCGGUGUCUUUUCUAUGUGCAUGAUCACCAGCGCUGUUCAGGGUUUUCCGGGUUUUUAUCCUUUUGCAAUGUUGGGUGGAUUUUUAUGGGCGUUUGCUAACGCUUUCGCAAUUCAAAUAAUAAAUCGGAUUGGUAUGGGACCAGCGAACCUUGUCUGGAAUACUUUAUCCACCUUGACAGGAUGGGCUACAUCUAGAUUCGGUCUUCUCGGACUUCCAGCUGCUAUUCCUGCCAGUCCUACAGUCAACUAUUUGGGUGUUGGAGUACUAAUUGGAGGUGGUGCUAUGUACUCCCUAGUGAAAAACAACGCACAAAUACGGCCUGGUCACGAAGGAGACGUCGAACUUAAAGAGGCGGACUCACCAGAAGGGGCAAAAAUUAGCAAAAUUGAGGAUAUUUCACUGAUCGAAAGAAUGUUAAGUCUCCUGGCGGCGACGGCUUCCGGACUUUUCUACGGGACCAUGUGGCUACCAGUAACUAACAUGAUGGCCCAUCCGGAUCAAUUUCCCGAUGCCCCCAAAAAUCCACUUCCAUAUAUGUUCUCGUAUGGCUGCGGAGUGCUGUGUACCGGGAUAUUUAUCUUCCUCGUCUACGCAAUUAAAAGGCGUAAUCAUCCGUGGAUAAGUGAUGUGGUGCCGAUCCCCGCAUUCGCCACUGGAUUCAUUAACGCCUGUGGAAUGACGGCGUUUGGUGUGACAAUCGACAAGUUGAAUGCAGCAAUAGCUUAUCCGAUUUGUCAAAUGGCACCUGGAUUAGUUACAGCUCUAUGGAGUGUUUUGUACUUCAAAGAGAUUACGGGUCGAAGGAAUUUAUUAUUCCUUGCAGCAGCGUACAGUUUGACACUUAUCGGCGUCGUUCUCGUAACGAUCUCCAGAGAAGUCGCGUUGAUUUGA